AUGUCUUUAAGGGAAUAUAUUGAACCUUGGUUAGUGGAUAAUUUUGAGAAAAAUGGGUUUUUGUAUGAUGAAAAAUGGGGUGGUAUUGUUUGUAAAUCGGGUUCUUCGUACCCGUUAGCCGAUUACGGGUUUGGUAGGUACAAUAAUCAUCAUUUUACAUUGGGUUAUUUUGUGUUUAGUAUUGCUGUUUUGGCAAAAUUUGAUGAUGAAUGGGGUAUGAAGUUUAAGGAUCAUGCAUAUGCAUUGGUUGCAUCUUAUAUGAGCUUAGGGAAGAAUAAAGCGAAAUCUAAGUACACAAAAAUUAGGUCAUUUGAUCCUUAUAAGUUACAUUCAUGGACAAAUUGUUUACAUGAUAAUCAUCCUCGGCAUUCUGAGAUUCCGAGUGUUUCGAUCAAUGCUUAUUACUCGGCUUCGCUAUUGGGUAUGGUGUAUGGUGAUGAUCAUCUAGUGACUGUUGGAUCGACACUAGCCUCGUUUGAGAUCGAGGCUGUUAAAACAUGGUGGCAUGUUAAGGAGGGUGGUGUGUAUGAGGGGGAGUUUAGUAAGAAGAAUAAGAUGGUUCUUCCUAUAACGCCCGUGUUAUCUGAGAUUUUAUUUUCCGAUGUCGGGUUUGUUAGGGAUGUUGUCGAAUGGGCGUUGCCGUCUUUGGCGAGGAAGGAAGCUACUGAUGGUUGGAAGGGUUUUGUUUAUGCAUUGGAAGCAAUUUAUGAUCACAAGAAUGCAUUGAAGAAGAUAAGGGAUUUGAAAGGUUUUCAUGAAGGAAACUCGCUUUCGAAUAUGUUGUGGUGGGUUCAUAGUAUGACUGGGAAGAAGAAUGUGCGAUCUUGGUGUAAGAAAGAAGCCAAUGAUUGCUGGUUUUGCACCUAUUGCUGCUGA